CCUCGGGCUGUCGGCUCCGAAACGCGAGCGAAGGGCGGAGGGGAGGGGCAGGCGGCACCCGGGAGGGAGGCACCGGGCCGCGGGCCAAGCCGACCGGGGGUCACAAUUUGGGUUUGCAGCCAAAAUGCUUUCAGAACAGACAGCAGCCCUGGGGGCCGGAUGGGAGUCCAUGAAUGUCCAGCUAGAUGGAGCAGAGCCCCAGGUGGAAAGGAGACGCCAGGAAGAGGGGCCAUGGAGAACAUCUCCAGGGCCACUGGAACACCUGUGCUGUGACCUUGAAGAGGAGCAGCAGUCUCUUCAGGAGAAGGCUCAGUCAGCUCCUUGGGUUCCUGCCAUUCCCCAGGAGGGAAGCACUGGAGACUGGGAGAUGGCAGCUGCACUGCUGGCAGCUGGAUCACAGGGCCUGGUAACCAUUAAGGAUGUGUCGCUGUGCUUCUCUCAGGAGGAGUGGCGGAGCCUGGACCCCUCUCAGACAGACUUUUAUGGAGAAUAUGUCAUGCAGGAAAACUGUGGGAUAGUGGUCUCUCUGAGAUUUCCAAUUCCCAAACUGGACAUGCUUUCUCAACUAGAAGGCGGGGAAGAACAGUGGGUCCCUGAUCCCCAAGACUUGGAGGACAGGGACAUCCUAAGGGUUACAUAUACAGGAGAUGGAAGUGAGCACGAGGGGGACACCCCUGAACUAGAAGCAGAACCUCCCAGAAUGUUAUCCAGUGUGUCUGAAGAUACUGUUCUCUGGAAUCCAGAACAGGAUGAAAGCUGGGAUUCCAUGCCCAGGAGCUCCAGAGGAAUGCUCCUGGGCCCACCUUUUCUUCAGGAAGAUAGUUUCUCCAACCUUCUGUGUAACACAGAGAUGGAUUCCCUUUUGAGACCCCACACAUGCCCUCAGUGUGGGAAACAGUUUGUGUGGGGCUCCCACCUUGCCAGGCACCAGCAAACCCACACUGGGGAGAGGCCCUACAGCUGCCUCAAGUGUGAGAAGAGCUUUGGGCGAAGACAUCACCUGAUUCGGCACCAGAAAACCCACCUACAUGACAAGCCCAGCAGGUGCUCUGAGUGUGGCAAGAAUUUCCGGUGCAACUCUCAUCUGGCCAGCCACCAGAGAGUGCAUGCAGAAGGCAGAUCCUGCAAGCCUCCAGAGGCUGGGGAGAGCACUGGUGCUAGGAAACGGCAGCGCACCCCACCAGUGCCAAAGUGCCAUGUGUGCACCGAGUGUGGGAAGAGCUUUGGCCGAAGGCACCACCUGGUGAGACACUGGCUGACCCACACUGGGGAGAAGCCCUUCCAGUGCCCUCGCUGUGAGAAGAGUUUUGGCCGCAAACAUCACCUGGACAGGCACUUGCUGACCCACCAGGGACAAAGUCCCCGGAGUAGCUGGGACAGAGGGACAUCUGUCUUUUGAAAUUUGUUUCUCUGCAGCUGUGGUCAAACCCAUCAGCCGGUGCUACCAGGAGUCUCUAGCAGGGCUGCCCCUCUCCUGCACCCCAAUGGCCAGCAUCUCUAGAAAAAUGAGGUUCCAGCAUUGGGCAGAGCAUUUCUCACCAGUUCUGUGAGACACCACACAAAAACAGGGCUCUUUGGACAAAAAUUUUUGGGAAACAGUACAUACUUCAUGGGCUGAUAUUUAGCCUGAGCCCAUUUUCAAGUGUACGGUGGUACCAGCAUUUUGUGGUUGAGGUCCAUUUUGAUUGGUUGGAGCCCAUGCCAUACCAGUUGUUAAAUACUUUUGAGUAUCACUCUUGUAUACUAUAGUAUAUUUUCUCUCUCUCUUUCACACACACGUAUUAGUGUGGUACGUGCAUUAGCAUAUUAAGGCUCUGAAAACUUCUGCAGUAGAGCAAUCUGUUAAGCCUCUCAAUGUGGUGUUUCCUAAAUUGAUUUGACCUCAGAACCCUUUCUGUUUCACAUCCCACAGAACUGGUAACUCUAUGAAGCACACCGUGGUGAACACUGUGGGUUAGAGAGUAAUGAGGAAACAGGAGAAGAAAGAGAUAGUGAUCAGAUGCCCAGAGCCCCCUUUAUUUAUCCAGAUGAAAGGCAGGGGGCCAGACGUCAUGGCAGUGUGGGUCAGUCACCUUUACCCCAUCAUCCAUACAGACCUCCACACUCAUACUACCCCCUGCUGAAAAAUAGAAUAGCCUUUCCACCCCCUUAUACCUACCCACUUCAUCCUGCUCAUACAUAUAUCCAGCUGAAAAAUCACACUACAUGCUUAGAGAUGAACCUUAUACACCCCCAAGUAACCCAGGCCCACACAGAAAAAAAAAACUUUAUCCCCUUGAACAGACCACCCCGCCCCCGCCCGUCCUCUUGACUUUUUAUGUGUCUAUGUGUACCUGUGUGCAGGGUCUUUGAAGAGAGCAUGCUACGUACAAAUUGUACAAGCUAGGUUUCCUGAGGGCUGUGUUGUGGGGAUGAGUGUAGUGGGGCUGUAUGGGGUUUUUCUGUUUGAGAUAGGAAAUAAUCCGAGUGACUAUGGGAGCCCUAGUGGAAAGGACUAAGUGAUGGGUUAAGUUGUGGGAAUUGAAGUAUAAACCUUUACCCACCAUCACUGAGAUCAAGACAUAACUGUGGAUACAUAUGCCUGGGUCUGAAUCUCUGGACCACAGAUUGUUUUGGGAGGGGAGGAGAGAGAAAGACCUUCAGUGAAGUGAGUUGUUUCCUGUUGAUUUCCAGUAAGCUCUGUGCUGAGUGGGCUGUUUUAUGUAAGUGUUGGGCAGUCAGGGCAGGGAUUAUGGUACUUGCAAGUUGUCAUGACUCUUGUUGGACUUGGAUUGCCUAGUCAAAGGGGCAGAAUCAUUCUUGAGGAUCUUAUUCUCCCAGAAACAAGACUUUAGGGGUAAUGGCUGUGGCUUAGCUUUUCAGUUGAUACAGAGUAAUAAGCUCUCCGGUUGCUUUUUCUCCCAGUUCUAGAAAGGUGUUCACACCAAGACUCUUAACUCCAGGAUUCACAUAAGUAUUCUAGCAUCUGUCAGUUGACGAGUUGGUCAUUGUUUCUCUAUUGAUGAUUGUGUUAAUACCAAUCUUAAAAAUAACUUAUCUUGUAUGUAGAGCAGUUUGGGGUUAGGGAGGGAGAGGAACAAAGAGGAUGAAAAUGGGGUGGUUUCUCUUUGAUGCUUAGAUUCUGGUUUUUCCCUGACACUUCUCAAUCACAAUUGGUGGAAUUAACCAGAGAGAUAAGAGGAGGUGAGUUGCAACCAUCUUGUUCAAUGACAGUUCCAUUUGCAUAGAAAAACCUGGGUAAAUCACAAUUCCUUAGAGUCCUGAACUCAAAUGGAGCUGAAAAUAGGGUCAUUUUGCUGACUAGGCCUAUUAGAAUGGAUGUGACUUGGGCAGCCCUGCCUCCACCUCCCAUAUGUUGCUCAGAGCAUCCUCCCUUCUUUGCCUGGAAUGCUCUUCUUUACUUAUGUUCUUAGGAACAGAGCAAAAUGACCAGCAAGAUGGCAGGCCUUGCCCUAGGUCCUCAGAGACAGGAAUAUUUUUAGGAUCAGUACUAGGAUGCCCCAGGAAGUAUAAGGUAUUGGGUUCCAGUGGUGAAAGUAGACUAUGCCAUUUCCUUUACCCUCCCACUUUGCCUCAGUCUUUAAUACAUACCAGCUGUAUAUAAGCAAUGGUUCAGACCUGUUUUGGAUCACAGACCCUUUUAAAAAUCUGAUAAAAACCAGAGCCUGUCCAUGGAAUUGCUGAACUGGGGCCAAAGAAGGGGAGUUACCCUGAAGGAAUAUGGUCAUUUCAUAUUUGUGUUAAGAAUUACAGGAGAAGGAUCACUAAAUAUUAUAAGGACUAAGAUACCAGAAGGUGAGGAUAGGGUUUGGUCUUCAAUGACUAGAAGGGUAUUGCUUACAUUCUACUGUAUGUUUUAAAAAUAUCUAAUGUGCAGAGAAAUACAGCUCUUCACCAGUCAUGUUUUAAGGACUUGUGGAAGAUGACAUUCCUUACUAUCAGAAGAGCACUAUAUUGGGUUCUUCUGGACCAGAGGCAUGACAUCUUACCUCUUAGUCACCACUUGUUAGCCUCCACCUUUUAUCUGUUUUAGUGAUCAUAAGGAUAAAAAGUGAAGCCCCCAAAGCACAGGUGCAGUCAUGACACCCAACAGAAAGGUCUCAUGAAGUCUAAGGUCCUGCAGCAGAAGGGGCAACCCUUUGGGUCAUUUCUCGUGUACCAUUCUCUUCUCUACCUCAGUCCAACACCACCUCCCCUUGGACAAAAAAUAAAGCAACAGACAUCAGAUGGGUGAA